AUGGAGACCGCGAGCGACACUGGCCUCGAAGCCCUACGGCGGCUGAAAGCGACGGAUGCACCGAGAUGGCUCGCGCCGAACCCGGAGCUGUCCGAAGCUGCUCGUACGGCGUCCCAAUACUUGUUUUCUACCCUCAAACCAUUUUGCCCUAAAUCGCCAUUGGACCAACUCCUCGUGGAUGGUUUCGACGCCGAACAGAUAUGGCAACAAAUCGACAUCCAAUCGCAACCUCUGUUGUCCACCCUUCGCCGCCGCUUGAAGCAGCUGGCCGAAAAUCCUGAAGAGAUUUCCCGGCUAAAGGUUCCUUCGGCAAACGGGAGCAAGGUGGAAGCAAAGAGUAAAGAUGAGUGGGAGGGAGAUAGGGACGAUUUUGACGAGGAGUUGGACGAGGAUGAUGAAGAUGAAGCAGACGAGGAUGAAGCUAAGGAGGGAGAAGAAGGAAUGGAACAGGAAGAUGAAGAUGAAGAGGAAGAGGAAGAAAAAGAGCAAGAGGACGAGGAGAACGAAGAAGGUGGUGGAAUUGAGGAUAAAUUCUUGAAAAUAGAUGAAUUGGCGAAGUACUUAGAUAAGGAGGAAGAGGAUUUCGAGAAUGGUGAGGCAGCCAGAGAAGGCGAGGAGGAAGACGAUGACGAGGAAAGUGAUGAGGUGACUGAUGAUGAUUUUGGGGUUGGUGACGAAGAUGAUGAAGCAGACGACAUGGAAAAUGCAAGGUAUGAUGACUUCUUUGGUGGUAAAAAGGAAAGGGGCUCAAAAAGAAAAGCUCAGGUACUUCAGGAAUCUGAAUAUUCUGAAGAUGAGGAUGGCAGAGAAUUUAUCUUGUGUAUAUAUGCUAUUUAUCUUCAGCUGGAAAAUAUUCAAUCCAAGAUACAGCAGAUGGAGAAAGCUAACAUAGAGCCAAAAACAUGGACUAUGCAGGGUGAGGUAACUGCUGCAAAGAGACCCAAGAAUAGUGCAUUGGAAGUUGAUCUAGAUUUUGAGCACAAUGUGAGGCCUGCUCCUGUAAUUACUGAGGAAGUUACAGCUUCAAUUGAGGAUAUGAUCAAGAAAAGGAUUAUUGAGGGAUUUUUUAAUGAUGUGCAAAGGCUGCCUAAAUUGCCAUCUAAAGCGCCUCGGGAAGUUAAAGAGUUGGAUGACAAUAAAAGCAAGCAGGGUCUUGCAGAAAUUUACGAGCAAGAAUAUGUUCAGAAGACAGACCCCACUUCUGCUCCAUUGUCAUUCAAAGAUGAACAAAAGAAUGAGGUGCAAAUCUUGGCUAGCAUGCUGUUUAAGAGACUCUGUCUGAAGCUGGAUGCCCUUUCCCAUUUUAACUUCGCUCCAAAACCUGUUAUUGAGGACAUGUCUAUUCAAGCUAAUGUGCCUGCUCUGGCAAUGGAAGAAAUUGCUCCUGUUGCUGUUUCAGAUGCUGCUAUGUUGGCUCCUGAGGAGGUGUUUGACGGCAAGGGUGAUAUUAAGGAAGAAGUAGAGCUUACACAGGCAGAAAGGAAAAGAAGGAGAGCUAACAAGAAAAGAAAAUUUAAAGAUGCGGCAGUAAAAAAGACAAAAAAGAAGGCACAAGAAGGUGCAAUUCAUAGCCAAGCUAAUGGUUAA